ACCAGUUCUCCCACAAUGCAACGCGCAACUGUCAUGGCCGCCCACUGAUGCGCUUUGCACCACAUGGGUGGAAAUAAACAGUUUAUCUGACUGAGAAACACCUUCUUUUCUCAUUAAUAACACAAUUAAUCGCCGGCUUUGACCUCGGACCGUCCAGACUGAAGGCAGCAGCCCUCUCGUCACCGUAGCGGAGAGCAGAGGUCAGUGAUGGACGCAGAGACCCCCGUCCUCCGGGGCUUCUUAACACCCGGCGAGGCGGCGCAGUGGAAGCAGGAUGUGUUCACUACUGCAGAGGCGGGCCCCCUGCUGGAGUCCUUGAUGGAGGGGGAUUUCGAGGCUGUUCUGCUGAGCCCCCAGGUGUUAGAUUUGCUCACUGGAGAUGACAGCUGCAGUGAGGGGGAGGACAUUGAGGCCUACCUGGAGAAACGGGUCUUGCUGUACCUUGAUGAUGACUGCUCCAACAGGGAGCUGGCAGUGAUGGCCCUGGCUGUCUCUUGUCUCCACAUGUUUGCCCAGAGUAACUGGACUGGUCCUCCUGUCUCCAUCCAUAUCUCUGACCUGCUGCCCAAGGCCCUGCUCACCUCUCAGUCCCAGACCCUGGUUGAGGCCAUCCACUCCAGCCUGCUCCUGGAUGGGGAGUCUGUGUACAGCCUGGUGGCCAACCCCUUCCUCCUCCUGCUGGCCAGGGUUAUUCUCACCAAGUGCUCUUCCAAGAUGGAAAGCCUCCAGCUCCUGCCAUGGUGGACCCUGCGCUAUGUCAGCCUGCACCAGCAAAUCCUGGAGGCCCGCUCUCCACAGCUCUUACAAUUGGCCCAGAGCAGCAUUGACAAAGUGCUGAAAUGCCAGUCUCUGUUGCUGAAGCAGAGAAACUUGGCUAUCCAUUUUCACCUGGAGUGUGUCUACACCAGUCUGACCUACUAUGAUUACCAGCCAGCCAAGGAACACAUCAAGAAGGCCCAGGAGCUCUCAGGGCUGAAUAUCAACAUGGCUGGUGCUCUUGGCAAACGGACCCAUUUCCAGCAAAAGUACUUGGCUCAGCUCAUUCUUGAGGUCAAGAGAAAGCAGGACCAGCCUGGCUGUUUGGAUGAUGAGACCAGUCCCACCCCCACUCCUAAGGCCAGCCUGCCCAAGGACUACAGUCUGGGUGAUGAAACCCGGCUAGAUAACAUCAGUUUAGCGGAGCCAGAUCAGUAUGAGCUACCUGACCUCAGCGCUGAAGAGCAGGGCGUCAUUCUGGGGCUCUGCACUGACUUCCAGAAGAAUAACCCUGUCCACAAACUGACUGAAGAGGAACUCCUGGCCUUCACAUCGUGUAUUCUGUACCAGCCUAAGUUCUGGGCUGUAGAAGUCACAGCACUUUGCCUCAGGACCAAACUGGAGAAAGGGAAUUCCCGAUGUGUCGAGAGAGCCAUGAUGCAAACGCAGGCAAUAGUGGACCAUUUUGAAGAUAAGAACUGUCCCGUGACCGAGCGGCUCAAGGGGUUCUACUUCUGCCAAGCCCCCCCAAGAUGGGAAGUCCAGAAACAGCUGGCCACCCUACUGACGGACCUCGGCUGUACCAGUUCAGCUCUGCUCAUUUAUGAAAAGCUAGAGCUCUGGGAAGAUGUAGUAAUCUGCUAUGAGAGGCUGGGCCAACAUGGCAAGGCUGAGGAGAUUGUUCGCAGAGAGUUGGAGAAGAAGGAGAGGCCCAGUCUGUACUGCCUACUGGGAGACAUAUUGAGGGACCACCAGUACUACGACCUGGCGUGGGAGCUUUCAGGGCGACGCAGUGCCAGAGCAAUGCGCUCCAAAGCCUUGCUGCACCUCCGCAGCAAGGAGUUCCAGAAGUGUGUGGACUGCUUUGAGCAGUCGCUCAAAAUCAACACCAUGCAGCUCGGUGUGUGGUUUUCUCUUGGUUGUGCCUACCUUGCCCUGGAGGGCUAUGAGGGAGCUGCCAAGGCUUUCCGGAGGUGUGUGGGACUCGAGCCAGAUAAUGCAGAAGCAUGGAGCAACCUCUCUACAGCCCACAUUCGCCUAAAAAACAAAAACAAAGCCUUUUGUACGCUGCAGGAAGCCCUGAAGUGUAACUACGAACAAUGGCAGAUCUGGGAGAACUUUCUCGUUGUGAGCACUGAUAUCGGGGAGUUUGCUGAAGCUAUCAAGGCCUACCACCGGCUGAUGGACCUCAGGGAAACCUACAAGGACAUCCAGAUUGUGCAGAUCCUGGUCAGAGCAGUUGUCGAAAACCUGACGGACAGGCAGGGUGGGCAGGCGGAAACUCUCCGGUCGCAACUGAAGGAGCUGCUGGGGCGGAUCAGCUCCCGCCACAGUAGUGACUGUGAGAUAUGGCAGCAGUACGCUCUGCUGUACGGAGACGGCCACAGCGCCAACCCAGAUGACAAUGAAAAGGCGCUACAGUUCCUGUCUAAGGCCCAUCGCUGCAAAGUUCAGGCUGUUGGUUGGGAGAAAGAACCUGAUCUCUUCAAGGAGGUGAUCAAAAGAGCCAUCAAUAUGGGUGAAGUGACCAUCAGUUGCUGUAAGAAGAAAAGUAAUCCAGCAGAGGCUCUUCAGAUGCUCUCCUCCACCCGCAUCAGCCUCAAGAGUCUGGCCACCAAAGCUAAGCAAAUGCACACAGAUGUGGCGACGGGCGAGAUCCAUGCCGAGCUGCAGGACGGUGUCGCUGCUCUGGAACAACUCAUCACAGAGCUGCAGGAGCUGAGUGGGAAGCUGCGUGACUAAUCACAGUGACGGUUAUCUAAAGACCAAUCACAGACAGACGGACACUCGGCUGCAGUCAUUAGCCUUGUCCUGUAUGAGUUUUACAUGUGACGACUGAGAGUAACAAUAGUUAACAUUAGAAAUGGAAGUCCAAAGGUCUCAUUUUGUAAUUGUGAUGUUUUUAUACCUCUAUAUCCACAUUGAAAUGUAAACAAUGACUGUAAGGCAGCAAAUAGUGAAAUUAUUAAAAUUGUCAAAGCUUGCCUUUUUUUUUUACUGUUGCAUUGCCAAAAGAAAAUAAUUUUGAUCAUAAAAAUACUUUUCUUUGUUACAAGAUGAGCUUGAGAAACGUACCAGUUAUGGAGUUGGUGUAAAUGUUAAAGUGUUCUAUAUGCUUACAGUGUAGAAAAAGAGGCUAUAUUACUUUACUUCUGCAUUCAGACUUCUGACCCUCUGAGUUAAUGUCUGCUAUAUUUUACAAGUUCUGUUGUCAUCAUUGCAUUUGUUUGAUAUUUAAUUUAGUUUUUGCUCACCGUCAUGGUUUAAUUUCCAACCUUUCUGCAGUGAUGCAGAAGUGUACUCCGGUGUGACUUAGUACAAUUUGACCUUCACUUUUGGUUUUAGUUACGAUCUGUGCCAUCGGUGUGGGAAUGAUUAGAUUAGAAUCUGAUGUGCAGACGGUGCCAUCAGUGUAUGAAAGUGUGUGUGAAUGCAUGAAUGUUGACAUGGAGUGUAAUGUGCUUUGAGCGGUUUGAAGACUAGACAGCAGUUUACCAUAACCAAGUGUACCAAAGUUAAUUUCUGUCAAAAAUGCAGCAGUCAUGAGACUUUCAACCAGAGAGGAAAGAGAAAAAAAUGUUAAUAUAAGGUUCGCAAUUUUUCAAGUGUGUCUUUAAACAACAGUCAGGUGCCGAUAUGCAUAUUGAAAGAGAAGCAUAUUGAGAUCCCCUCUUAACCGGCUUCCAAAAAAAGAAUCCUCGUUUUGUGAAAAAAAAAGGAAGUAAGGAUGGUGUGAGAAGAUUUCAGACCUUAAAACAGAAUCUUUGACUGUUUUUUGAACUGCUAUAUCUAUUGUUAAGUUUAGGAAAUGAAAGGGCAAUUGUUAAAACAUUGGAAUGCUGACUCCUGGAAACAGCAGCAUAGUCUCGUCAAGCCAAGAUCAUUUUUUAUUUAUAUUGCCCAAUAUCACAAAUCACUUUUUUUUUUUCUUAAGAGGUUUUACAAUCUGUACAACAUAUGACUCAAUCUGUCCUUGACUUUCAAUAAGGGAUAAAAACCUUAUUAAAUUAAACUUAGGAGGGAUUCCUCUCCCUAGACAGACAGACAUGCAUAGAUGUUUGUUUUACAGUAAACACAAUCCAAUUAACAAACAAGGAAAUUGAAAUGUAAACAUAUGAAGAAAGGGAUCCAGGAUGAAGGUGGAAAUGGAUGUCGCACGCCCAUGCUUUGUUUACCUAUUCCUAGUCCACCUAUGAGGAUGCCGCUUCUGUAACUUCUCUCUGUUGUCGUUUGUGGUUUGUUGAUACUUCAGUAGCUUCUCUUGCUAAGUUGGAGAUAUUGUAAAUGUCACAAAUUCACAAUAUCCCUGAAUUGAAAUACAAGUUUGAACAACAUGAUUAAACACAGCUUUGGCAAAAUUUCCACAACUUCCUUUGCCAAUGAUGUCAAAUUUUUGGACACUCCGUUCCAUUUCAGCACCAACUCCCCUUUGUGUGCUCAGCUAUU